UGGCUACGGAUCAGUCAACGUGCAUACGUCUCUGUGUACGUGAAAGUUAGUGCUUUUCCCCAUUUUCAAUUGAUUUUAUCAAACAUGCAAAAUCGCGCUCUCAGAAUCCCAAGGACUACUAGAGCAGCUGCAAGAAGAUUGGCACAGCCUCCGUCCGAAUCUACUCCUGCCGAUGAUUCAUCCGCCGAAGGAUCACAAACAAUCGAUUCUAUGGAUAUAGAUCAGCCGGUGGUUGUGCCUACAAUAAUCCGGUUGCGAUUUGGAAACACAAAUAUUUCUUCAGAUGCUCUGCCAACAUUAAAACGUAAACCAGGCAGACCACGUAAAAAUGUAAAUACAGAUUCCAGCCCUCCAAAGCGUAUUCGACUCAACUUUAAAGGUAAAGCAAAGAAAAUUGAGAAUGUUCAAACAUCUGAAGAGAUAGAGACGCCAGAGAAUAAUGGCGCGCAAUUGAUGGAAAUUGUUGAUGAAUCACAGAGCAUAAGA